GUCUUUUUCUUCUUCGAUUCGAUGAAAUCUUCAGUUUCCAUCUUCGUCGGUGGUCUGAGAUAGCCAUAAACCAUAGUUUGAUUUUGGUGGUUGAAACGUAACUGAAAUCCAAACCAUCUUCGUGCUUAGUUCUUGGUAGCUGAAAUGGUUUCUCGAUUCAACUGCUUAAUCCUCCUACCUCUGACUCGCCUCUUUCUUUCUCUUGGGUUCCACAGAUACGUCGGUGGAUCCUCAAAUACUUCCAUUUAGCGAGAGUGGCAAGAGAGCAAAGGUUUCAUUUGGCGUUGAUGCAGAAGUGAUUUACAAGUUUUGGAGGUCAAUGACAUUGGAAAGACACAUGAUGGUACUACGUAUCUUAUACUUUGCACAUGGAGUUUAAGUCUAAGUUUAAGAAAAAAGAGACAAGGAGAGUUUGAUCAUGACCAGAAUGAUUGGUAGAAUUCCGGAAGUUAUUGGUCUAAUUCAGGUUAUCCACAAGCUUCCCUUUCAGCAUCAGGACUUCAAGAGAUUUAGAUUUGGGGAUUUUAAAGGAUUGGAAACAAGGAAGGCAAAGGGUUUUGUGUUGCUUUGGAGAAGGCAGUGAAUGUAAUUUCAUCACCUUAACCACUCAACGAUGAACUACGGAGAAUUUCAACGUCAUACUAACCGUUCCACUCAAAACCGAGUAGAACAAAAUAAUUCUCGGGCUUCGUCGCAAACCCCCUCAACACAUGUCUCGGAGUCUCCCACAUCUGCUGCACCUCCUAUAAUGUCCAUUGAGGAUUUUGUCUCUCAACCCGGACGAGAACGACUCCGCCGUCUCCAUCCUCUCUACAUCGACAAUUCUACAUGGUUCGAGGAAUCGGGAAACGUUUGCGCAAGACUUCAAUUGGGAAUGAGAUUUGACGUGGAGAUGGCAAGGGAAUUUUCCCACACGGUAAACCAAUGGAAGCAAAAGUGGGUCCUCGGAGAGACUCCGAAGUGUAUAAACGAGAAGGUGUAUGAAGGGUUGAAAGAUCAUUGGAUACAACCCGCGACAAAAAAGACUUCAUCUACCAAUUCCAACAAUCGGAAUAGUAGACGAGGUGGAAAAGGGAUCUCAACGCACAACGCCGGGUCAACAAGCUUCUUUACUCGUGGAAAACAACUUACUACUAGAGAUGGUGUGGCUCCGGAUCACUUAACGCUUAUGGAGGACACCCACACCAACAAAAAGACCAAAGAAAUUCAAGACCAAGUAGCUAAGCAAGUAAUCGAAGUUUGCCGGAAAAGGAAAGAUGAGUAUAUCUUAUCUCAACCUCCUCUCGAUGAUGACGGGCAACCCCCAAAAGUCCCUUUGGAAUUGAUGAACCAAAUUGUACUUGAGGAAACUCCAAAGACCAAGGGACGUAUCUUUGGGUUAGGAAAACUCGGAAAAAGAACUCGUUCACAUCCAACAUCAUCCUAUAUGUAUAAUCGCGAUCCCGAACUCGAGCGAGCCCUUCAAGAGAAAGACGAUCGUAUCGAAGUUCUCGAGAAGUUGAUGGAAGAAGAGAAACAAGCGAACAAGAAGAGAGACGAGGAGAUUGCGAAGAAAGACGCGGAGAUGGCAAAGUUCAUGCAAGACGUGUUGUCUAGGUUACCACCAAAUUCAAGUUCUUAAAUCUACCCUUUUAUUAUUUA